CGGUCUGUCUAAAGUCCUUGUGGUAUUUUCUAAAGUCAGAUUGUCUCUGUGUUUCCAGGAUGGUGGUCUCCUCAUCAACAACCCCACAGCGUUGGCCAUCCAUGAGUGUAAGCUGCUGUGGCCCAACACCCCAGUGCAGUGUGUUGUCUCCCUGGGUACGGGUCGCUAUGAGACCGUCAACAAGAACAACACCACCUCCACCAGUCUCAAAGCCAAGAUCACCAACGUCAUCAGCAGUGCUACAGACACAGAGGAGGUCCACAUCAUGCUGGACGCCCUCCUUCCACCCAACACCUACUUCCGUUUCAACCCCUACAUGAGCGUGGACAUCCCAUUGGACGAGAGCCGCGAGAGGCUCACCUUCCUGCAGGAGGAAGGAACUCGCUACCUGGAGAGGAACGAAGCCAAGCUGAACAAGGCAGCGUCGGUGCUGGCUCUGGAGAAGAGCGCCAUCCAGAGGCUGGCUGAAUGGUGCAAACUGAAGGCCGACAUGUACGAGGGCUUGCCCUUAAUCUCCAAACUGUAGGGGACGUCUAGAGGUGAAAGGUCAGACAGGCUGAGGGACACUAAUUUAGACUGAUUAUGAAGAUAAUAUAGGAGCUGUAAAGGUCUGACAUGUACGAGGGCUUGCCCUUCAUCCCCAAACUAUUGGAAGAGACCUGCAGAGGUUAAAGUUCAAAAAGGCACUGCAGGCGGUAGCUGCUGAGAAACUCAUUUCCACUUGAAAAUAAACAUAAUGUGCUUUGAUAUGACUCCAUCAGUGGAGGCUGGUGGAAGAAGCUAUAGGAGGAAAGGCUCAUUGUAAUGGUUGGAAUGGAAUAAAUGGAACCGAGUUAAAUGUGGUUUCCAUAUGUUUGAUUCCGUUCCAUUUUUUCAUUCCAGCCAUUACAAUGAGCCUGUCCUCCUAUAGCUCCUCCCACCAGCCUCCUCUGGACUCCAUAUCUGCUUGAUGUAGAUCAUGUGAUAUGACUGCGGUCCAUUUGAAUUUCUGCAGCUCAGGCAGGAUGUUGUUGCCUUUGAGCUGUGAGAGGUGGUACAGAAGGAUCUGUUGUAGUGUUUAUGAAAGGGGUUUGGCUGGUAGGGCUGAAGGAAUCAACCUUUUGACUGCUCCUAAAUAAAGCACCACUGUGCACCACUGUGAUGAGAACAUAGGCUGUUUACACAGGCAGCCCAAUUCUAAUAUUUUGCCCCCCUAAAAAUCAGAUCAAAUCUUUUGCCAAUAAUUGGGCUAAAUACCUGAAUUGGGCUGCCUGUGUAAACAGCCAUAAUGGUGUGAAUGGUAGACAGGCACAGCCAUUUACUGUUUUGAUUUAAGAGUGCAGGUUUUGCAGGGAAGGUGUUUUUGACAACUACUGACUUAACAUGUACUGCUAUGUCAGAUAUCCAGGGUCUGUUAUUAGCAACUCAUUCUUGUAAUUACUGUAAAUAUGAAUGUAAGUAACUGACAUUGGUGUCACCUCAUUCCCAUGUUCAGUAACUUUAAAUGCUUCAAACUUGAACUAGGCAUGUGAAGUAGAAUGGAAUAAAACAUGUAAUUAUGCCUUUUUUCACAGAUUAAUGAAAUCAUGCACUUUGUAAAUUGUCACAUUGUUCUUAUCUUAAGAGCUCUGUAAGGGAUCAAAUGUAAAUGGUUUGAUAUGUGGUUUUGAAUAAUAUUUCAUUGAAGAGUUCAUGGUAUUAGCUUUAUAAUGAAUCAGAACCACCUAAUUCCUUUCUCCUGCAGCGGCCCUGUAGGUGGACUGUGUAAGAAUGAAAAUGUCAUUGAAACAGG